UAAAAGUUUCUGCCGUGCAUCUUCAAACAGGAAAUCUGAGAUUCAGAACAACUUAUAUUUUGGCUUGUAUUCGCUGAUCAUGGGGUGAUCCAGAAAUAAACUCCAGGCUUCAAAGCGAGAGCGUUUCAAAGCUGUCCUGCAGUUGAUCGAAACAUCCAGGCAAAGCAGGGAGAUGAAUACCAGCGAGGAUUUUCUGAAUUAAGACUUAAUCAAGGAGAUAACCCAUUUCAACAGUAUUAUUACCCUUUUAUUUCAGAACAAAAAGAAAAGAAAAAAAAUGGCUACAACGGCAGCAAAUACUCAAAGACAAACAAUAGGCUGCGAAGAAUAUAGUCUGUACAGUAGCUUGAGUGAAGACGAGCUUAUAAAGAUGGCCAUCCAGCAGAGCUUGGAAGAGGAUGCUGCGGGUCAGCCAGCAGCCCAGAGCCACCAGAAGUCCAUGGUGGCCGGUCCCAGCGAAGUGGCUGCCCCCAGCCGUGCCAGCAGCCACAACCCGCCCUACCACAUCUACCCGUGGCAAAGAUUGGCAGCCCAGCCAAGAGGCCGUGCUCAGCCAUCCAGCUCAGGGGCAGCCUGGGGAGUCAGGCGAAGGUACGACGGCAGCCUGUUCAGCACAUCCCAGCCCAUAGAACUUGACCCUGUAGUGGCAGCAAUCAAGGAUGGAGAUGAAAAGGCAGUAUGUAACAUGAUGAAAUCAGGAAAAGACCUUUCUGAACCUAAUAAGGAUGGCUGGAUACCCCUCCAUGAAGCUGCAUACUAUGGCCAAGUGGGUUGCCUGAGCCUGCUGCAAAAAGCAUACCCCGGCACAAUCGACCAGCGCACACUCAAUGAGGAGACAGCUCUCUACCUGGCCACCAGCCGGGGCAACCUGGACUGCCUGCUCACCCUGCUGCAGGCUGGGGCUGAGCCUGACAUCUCCAACAAGGCCAGAGAAACACCACUCUACAAAGCCUGUGAGCGCAAGAAUGCAGAGGCUGCAAGACUUCUGGUACAGUACAAUGCUGAUACCAACCAUCGUUGCAAUCGAGGAUGGACUGCUCUCCAUGAGGCUGUCUCCCGAAAUGACCUGGAGAUUAUUGAUAUCCUUGUGAAAGGGGGUGCCAAGAUUGAGACUGCAAAUGCCUAUGGGAUCACUUCUUUAUUUGUGGCAGCUGAGAGUGGUCAACUGGAAGCUUUGAGAUACUUGGCAAAAUGCGGUGCUGAUAUAAAUACUCAGGCCAGUGAUAACGCCUCUGCUCUUUAUGAAGCCUGUAAAAAUGGACACAUACCUGUUGUGGAGUUUCUUUUGUCCCAAGGAGCAGAUGCCAACAAAGCCAAUAAGGAUGGCCUGUUGCCUCUUCACAUAGCAGCCAAAAAAGGGAUUUGCAAGAUUGUCUCCAUGCUGAUCCCUGUGACCAGCCGCACCCGCAUCAAGCGCAGCGGCAUCAGCCCACUGCACUUAGCAGCAGAACGCAACAAUGAUGACAUCUUGGAAGAGCUGAUUGAUGCUGGCUACGAUGUCAACACUGCCCUCUCCAACGAACGGUCCUGCCUUUAUGAGGACAGACGCACCACCCCCCUCUAUUUUGCUGUUUUUAACAAUAACAUCUACGCCACAGAACUCCUGCUGCAAGCUGGAGCCAACCCCAAUGUUGACCUCAUCAACCCAUUACUCAUCUCCAUCCGCCACGGCUGCCUGAAGACCAUGAAACUGCUCCUUGACCAUGGAGCAAACAUUGAUGCCUAUAUAUCAAGCCACCCCACCACAUUUCCGGCUACCAUCAUGUUUUCAAUGAAAUACCUUUCCGUCCUGAAAUAUCUCCUCGAUCUGGGCUGUGAUGCAGGUUCAUGUUUUCAGUGUCAGUAUGGAAACGGCCCACACCCUGCAUUAAAUUACAGACGGGACAGACUUAAUGAUCCUCAGCUGUCCAAGGAGCCAACUGUGGUACAGUUUUGUGAAAUGGUGUCUACUCCAGAGAUGAGUCGCUGGGCCGGGCCGAUCAUCGAUGUUCUCCUGGAUUAUGUGGGUAACGUGCAACUCUGUUCCCGGCUCAAGGAGCAUAUUGACAGCUAUGAGGACUGGGCUGUCAUUAAAGAAAAAGCAGAGCCUCCAAGACCUCUUUCCCAUCUUUGCCGUGUCAAGGUACGAAGCCUGGUUGGAAGAAACCGCAUUAAACUUCUUGACACCUUGCCUCUCCCGGACAGACUGAUUCGAUACUUACAGCAUGAUUACAUACAGUGACGCCAGGCACACUGGACAUGCAGCAGCUUCCUGGCACGGCACACAGCAUCAUCGGCAUAGCAAGGGCGCACAUUCUGCAUGGUCAGGAGGCAUUGUUGCUGGCUUCGUCAAGCACACUCCAAUGACUAAUCUAAGAGAAAUAUGUUUCUGAAGCAUAAGUGAGAAGAAAAUGGAGGAGGUGGGGAGCUAAACCUAGGACUGUUGUUAGUUUUCCAAGAGAAAACAGACAUGAUUCACCUCAGAGCUUGGUCUGCAAAGAAAAAGAAAUGAAAGCCAAGAUUGAAAAAUGAAUAGUGCUGAAGGAAGUAUCAGUGAGGAAUUCAAGAUAUCCUGGGGUUGUGGUGGAGCUUAGUGUCCUUGCUGUGAUCACAAUUCAGAAAUUGUCAAGAGUCAACAUAUUUGGGAAAGCAAUCACAUUUCUUUCACUGACUGAGAUUUUUAUUUUAGUUUCUAUUCUUCUUUUUGGAUUUCUGCUAAGUGUGCUGGUUGCUAAUUUCUGAUAACAUGACACCAUCUUGCUAACACUUUUACUUUCAUCUUUUGUACCUUUCUUACUGAGUACUUGAUUUCUGAACAUUCAAAGCUCAGAACUUUUUAACAGAUUAAAAAUCCAGAAAUGCUGAUUGCUUUAAAGUUCAAGGGAAGGUCUAUUUAAAAAGGAUGUAAGAAUUGUAUUUGCACAUAGUAAAUACAGUUCAUGUUGUAUUACAUUUGCAAUAAGACAUAGGUGAAAUUCUGCCUGAGAGAAUUUCGAAGCCUGGGGAUUUGAAAACAACUCUGAGUUUGGUUUUUUUUUGUGUGUGCGUAUAAAUUAGUAGUAGCUGCACUGUAACCAGUAGCUUUACUCUGUCAUGAAGCUGGUGUCAGAACAGAAUAAAGCCCUAGAUGAGCAUGAACAGAAAGUGAUGUGGAGGAGAGAAGCAAGGUACAUAGGGAGAGAGGCAACACUAGUAAACCAACUUUAUCUGUUUCUCCACUAGACCUUGUCCCUACAAAACCCAGUCUCUCUUACCUGCUUGGACUUCUGUGGAUAUAACAAUACCAUCACUGGAAGAAAAGAGAGAUUAUUUCAAAAUUAUGAAAGUCAGACUUUGAGAUUUAUGAGAACAAAUACCCAGAAUUAGGCUUCCAAAUCCUUACUCAGGUGCCUAAACAAUGCCAAUAUUCUUGCUCCAGGUGUAGUUCCACUUAAGCCAAUGGGACCACAUUUGGUGUCAGAUAUUACUGAGGCAGAAUAAAAGUCUUAGGAUUUAGCCCUGAAUUUCCUGACUUUGUAAGUUUGAAGUAUCUAUUAUCUCCCUUUGACACUGAUGAAAGUUAUUAUCUUAGCUUCUUUGAAAAUUAGGUCGCUAUUUACAGCUCAGAUCCACAACUGAUUUAUGGCAGCUUAACGAGUUACCA